AGUGACUCAGUGCUAUGCAUACUGUAUGCACACAUUCACAUACCUGAGCUCUCACACAAAUCACCUGUACACCUGGAAAGGAUCAGCACACUCACACACAGGUAAUUGAAUAUCUCCUACCUAAUCCUUGGCUGCUGUAGCUGAACUGUGCGCCUUAAAGGGCGUGGACCAAUGUGCUCAAAGGAUGGAAGUGGGAGAAAAUGGGGACUUUCUGGAUCUCAGUUUCUUGACGGGGGAGGAGCAAAAAACGAUCACACAGGUUCUUGAGCGAGACACACAACUUAAGGAAAAGGAUGAGCAACGUGUACGCAAACUUCGAUCAUGCGUAUCAGAUCCUUCUGCUCUAAAACGUCUUUCAGGAGAUUGGUUCAGUGAUGUAAGGUCAUCCCGUCCUUGGGGUCAAGUUGGUGGUGUUGAUAUUGUGAGAGCUUCAAUCAGGAGAAAGAAGAAGACCAGAGCUGAAUGGGACCACAACUGGGGUUAUGAUGAUGCAGAAGUGAAUGGGAAUUAUGAGAGUGAAACAUCUGAUGAGGAUGAAAUACAGAAAUCUGAGACCAGGCUGCCCAGUGACCUGUCGGCACAAGAACUGUCUGAUGACAUACAGGAUGGGAGCACUUCCCAAGAUGGGGAAGAAAACAGUACACCAGAUCCCAUCCCAAUGCGCCGUCGUAUCCCUAGUUUGGGAGAACUUGACAUGGAAGAAAUACAUUUAUCGCCAAUAUUUCUGAUAUCAGAGGAAAAUCACAGUGAAAAUAACCUGUUACAACAGAAGAGCCUAGAAGGGGAUGGACAUAGGAACCUCGGUUAUAGUCCAUCGGUGCCAACUCUGGGAAAUAAAUCUCUCUCUGGCAGCAUGAUGAGCCUGUUCAGCGCAGGUGAAAUCCAUUCCCUAGAAGUCCAAGGAUGGAUCCAGUUUUCUCUUCAAUAUGAUUCACCCAAGAAGGAGCUGAGAAUCCUGGUUAUACAGUGCAGGGAUCUGACAGCAGCCCAUAGCCAAACCUCAAACCCUUAUGUGAAAUGUUAUUUACUACCUGAUAAAUCUGUACAAGGCAAGAGAAAAACAAAGGUAAAGAAGAAGACCCUGGAUCCGCUGUUCAAUGAGACUCUGAAGUACAAACUUGAAAGAUCAGAGAUACAAAGUCGUUUUCUAAACCUGUCUGUGUGGCAUCGGGGAUCAUUGGCCCGGAACGCUUUCCUAGGAGAGGUGGAACUGGAUCUUGCAAUCUGGGACUGGACCCAAACUCAGCCAGCCUGGCACAACCUUCAGCCAAGGACUCCACUCUCACCAGAAUUUUUAUAUAGUCGGGGGAGGCUUAACUUGGCGGCCAAAUUUACUCCUCAGGGAGCAGAAGGUUUAGGUAUUCCACCUUCUGGAGAACUUCACAUUUGGGUAAAGGAAGCGCAGCAGCUUGUUCCUCAUAAAGCUGGACAAGUCAGCUCUUAUGUAAAAUGUUGUGUACUCCCAGAUGACAAUCCAUCCAGUAUUCAACGCACAAGAGUAAUUUCACGUAGUCUACGACCAAUGUACAAUCAUACAAUGGUAUAUGACGGUUUCCGUUCAGAGGACUUGUCUGAAGCCUGCGUUGAGUUCACAGUCUGGGACCAAGGAACAAUGUCUAGUAAACCACUAGGAGGUAUUCGUCUCAGCAUAGGCAAAGGUAAUAGUUAUGAGGUCCCUGUGAGCUGGAUGGAUUCUACAGAACAGGAGAAGAAAUUCUGGCAAUUGGUCAUAAGCAGACCAGGAGAAUGGUUAGAAGUAACACUGCCAUUAAGACAGAAUCUAACUCCUCGUUAACAUGCUGGUAGUUGUGGCAUGAAAUACCAUUUCUGAUUCAACACACAAACUUACCAUGCCUUACAAUGAAACACAAAGUGAAUUUUUAAACCAAAAGGACUUUUGAAAGAUUUUAUGCUGUCCGUGGGAUUUAUAUUCCUUUGGAAACUAUAUUUAAACUGAUAAACAGGUUAUGACCGUUAGAUUGGAACUCCAUGAUUCCAACUUAAUCCAAAGUAGAAUAGGAUAAUCAUCACAGAAGCACUGCCAUUAACAAAUACAGAUGUAGUAAAACCUAUGUCAUAAUAGCAAUAAAAGUUGCAGACUUUUAUUUUAUGUGUGUGUUUUAGGACUGUUCUAGUUAUGUAUAGAUAGCCAUGUGACUAUGUUUGAGAUGUAAAAGCUAUUAUUUAAAAAAAAAAAAAA